AUGAAGCUUAAGCUUAGAACACAGAACAUUGAAGCUUUAAAGACGACCCUUUCACUAAUAAGUCACAUACGAAAGUUUGUCAUAUUAAGAUUCACGCCAACCCAGCUACUAAUAAUACUGGUUAAUGGGUCAUCUAUAACACAAGAGCCACAAGUAUGGUGUAAACUACAAAUCAAUAAUAUGUUCGAUCAGAUAGAAAUCCAAAGUUUACGUGAUAACACCAUUCUGUUGGAAAUCAACAUUGAGCAAUUGUUACAGACAUUGCAUAAUUUUAAUAGGGCUAAUAGUGAUGGGUUAAACAUACGGCUCCAAAAAAAAGAUACUUCUGGAGGACAAGGUAUUAAUAUAAGCAAUGGAAGAAUUGCAUCUUUAGCAUUGUUCUACUCAAACAUAAACAUUAAUUCAAACGCAAUUAAUCAUACCUUCCGUCUACCAGUCAAGAUAUUGAAAAAUACAGAUGAUAUAAUGCUCCUAAAGGAACCAGAAUUGACAGAAGUGGACUUAAUGAUGAGGUUGCCUAAAGAGUUUCUAUCAACGUACAAGAGAUUAGAAAAGUUCAAGAAAACUUCUAGUAAUGAUUUGGUUAAUAUCAAAUCAAGCAGGCGUAAUGGAGGGUUUUUAGGGUUUGUAUUGGAAGAAGACGGAAAAUUUAAAGUGACAAUUAGCUGGAACGAUAAACUAGAAGUGCAAAAACCCAACAGAAGUAAUUUCGAUGGUGAAUCGUUACGAUUAGCAAAUUUACACAAUCCAGGAUCGGUGCUCAGCCAAGAUGUUGAUGAAGAUGAUAUCCAUGAAGAUAAGGAGAUCUUGGUGAGAUUAAAAGAUUGGAAAAUGGCAUCUAAAAUUGUUGCAACUUGUAAAACGGUGAUUUUCCUUUUAACUCAUAAAGAAGCAUGCGUAUUGCAUUGCUUAUUAGAUGACACUGAUGAUGUAGAGAUCAUUUAUUAUAUUAGUGGUGUUAAGAUCCGAGAUAUCCUUGAUAAUUGA